AUGAUCACAAAAACAUUGUGCAAGUUAAGUGAAGUUUUUAGAUACGAAAAACAUGAGAUGCUGCCAAUCCAAGGUCGUCAGUUACAAGAGAAUGAAUUUUCUACUGUAGGAUCUGGUAAUGGGCUGUUUGUUGUAGAAGGCUCAGUAGAAGUAGAUUCAGUACUCGUAUUUUCAGUGGGAAUAGUAGGAAUAGUAGGAAUAGUAGGAAUAGUAGGAAUAGUGGGAAUAGUAGGAAUAGUAGGAAUAGUAGGAAGAGUAGUAGGGGUAUCCGUUAGGGUUGUCGGAGAUGCUUCCGUUGUAGUGGGAGUAGAAGAAGAAAUUUCAGUUGUAGUACUUUCACUUGGAAAAGUUGUAGUUGUAGUACUUAUUGUAGUAGUAGGUGAUGAUGUAGAUGUUUCGGUAGAAGCAGUUGUAGAAAAAUCUGUUGGAGAAGGAGUAGUUGUAGUAGUUAUCGUAGUGGUAGUAAAUAUAUCAGUAGAUGUGGGUGAGGAUGUAGACGUUUCGGUAGAAGAAGUCGUAGGAAAAUCUGUUGGAGAAGGAGUAGUUGUAGUAGUUAUCGGAGUGGUAGUAGGUACAUCAGUAGAAGUAGGUGAAGAUGUGGACGUUUCGGUAGAAGAAGUCGUAGGAAAAUCUGUUGGAGAAGGAGUAGUUGUAGUAGUUAUCGGAGUGGUAGUAGGUACAUCAGUAGAAGUAGGUGAAGAUGUGGACGUUUCGGUAGAAGAAGUCGUAGGAAAAUCUGUUGGAGAAGGAGUAGUUGUAGUAGUUAUCGGAGUGGUAGUAGGUACAUCAGUAGAAGUAGGUGAAGAUGUGGACGUUUCGGUAGAAGAAGUCGUAGGAAAAUCUGUUGGAGAAGGAGUAGUUGUAGUAGUUAUCGGAGUGGUAGUAGGUACAUCAGUAGAAGUAGGUGAAGAUGUGGACGUUUCGGUAGAAGAAGUCGUAGGAAAAUCUGUUGGAGAAGGAGUAGUUGUAGUAGUUAUCGGAGUGGUAGUAGGUACAUCAGUAGAAGUAGGUGAAGAUGUGGACGUUUCGGUAGAAGAAGUCGUAGGAAAAUCUGUUGGAGAAGGAGUAGUUGUAGUAGUUAUCGGAGUGGUAGUAGGUACAUCAGUAGAAGUAGGUGAAGAUGUGGAUGUUUCGGUAGAAGAAGUCGUAGGAAAAUCUGUUGGAGAAGGAGUAGUUGUAGUAGUUAUCGGAGUGGUAGUAGGUACAUCAGUAGAAGUAGGUGAAGAUGUAGACGUUUCGGUAGAAGAAAAAUCUGUUGGAGAAGGAGUAGUUGUAGUAGUUAUCGGAGUAGUAGUAGGUACAUCAGUAGAAGUAGGUGAAGAUGUAGACGUUUCGGUAGAAGAAGUCGUAGGAAAAUCUGUUGGAGAAGGAGUAGUUGUAGUAGUUAUCGGCGUGGUAGUAGGUACAUCAGUAGAAGUAGGUGAAGAUGUAGACGUUUCGGUAGAAGAAGUCGUAGGAAAAUCUGUUGGAGAAGGAGUAGUUGUAGUAGUUAUCGGAGUAGUAGUAGGUACAUCAGUAGAAGUAGGUGAAGAUGUAGACGUUUCGGUAGAAGAAGUCGUAGGAAAAUCUGUUGGAGAAGGAGUAGUUGUAGUAGUUAUCGGAGUUGUAGUAGGUACAUCAGUAGAAGUAGGUGAAGAUGUAGACGUUUCGGUAGAAGAAGUCGUAGGAAAAUCUGUUGGAGAAGGAGUCGUUGUAGUAGUUAUCGGAGUGGUAGUAGUAGUAGGAGUUUCAGUUGAAGUACUAGGAGUCUGA